AUGGCAACUUCUCUCGUCCGUCGCAAACCAUCUACCACCUAUAGGUCACCGAGUGUACAAGAUCUUCCCAUCCACCAAGCGAUACACACUUCCGGGCCAUCUGAACAGAAGUCUAUGCCACCUCCGCCCCUGUAUUCACACAGUAUCAUCAACCCGCAACCUGUCCAGGUCAGACCUCCCAGAACCUUAACUUCCCCAAAGAGGUUCCGUAAAGGACCUCCACUCCCAUUAUACCACCCUUUGGGACAUCUCGCGCUCUCACUCCCUGAACUUGAUCCGGCUGCAUUUGGCCUCCCAAGCUCGCUCACGAUCGACGACGGCGAGCUAGCGAACGACGCGGGCCGGCGCGCGUCCUCACGUACGCGGCGACCGGCUCCGAAGGUGCGCGACCGUGAAGGUGGAGGGGACGACAACGAUUCCGUUACUUCGCAAGCAAACGCGCUCCAGAACGUCGCUGCAGAGCAGGCGGUACCUCGGGAGCGGAGCCCGCGCAAGAGGCGUGGGGGCGGAGGCUCGGGCGGAAAGCGCAAGAGAAAGGAGGUAGAUGAUGGGGAUGGUGUGUACCCCCCUCCUGCCAAGCGCACGCGCAACCCACGCGGCACAGGCAACGCGACACCCUCUGUUACAUCGCCCCUUGUGAACGGUGCGGUGGUCGCGGCGGAUGCCGAAGGCAGUUCUGCCGGAGUUUCUCCCCCGAUGGAGGGUGCAGAGACUGAAGAAGGACAAGCAGAGGCUCCUCCGGUGAGGAACACGCGUUCCAGACGUCCCAGAGCGGCAGCGAACCGGAGGAGACACUCAAGUGCAAGCGAGACCACUACUACUUCCGUCUCGGUCUCGAUUGCCGCGAAUGCCAGAGUUACUCGCAGUGGCAAGGCUGAGAACCGUACACCGAGUCAGGAAGCAGCCUUGGAGGCAAAUAAUGGCCUGCAGAAGAAAGAGGAGGAGGACGAGCAGCAAGCCGCGGCUGCCGCACCGCCGACCAAGACCACCUACGCUGCGAGCACAUCGGAGGAGAAAGAUCAGGAUGUGAAGAUGAAAGUGCCGCUAGUAGAAACUGUAGAGGCCUCGAAGGCGACCCAAAUUGGAGAAGAGCGGGAGGAGGGUGAGCUGAGCGACGAUCUGGAUGGGAAUCGGUGCGUCGCGAGGACAUAG